AUGUCGUCCAAGUACAAGGACAAAGACGGCGGCGUCGUGCUGACCUUCAAUGGCCAGUGGGUGAGCUGGUCGCACACUGCCAUAGCUUACACUGCCUUCAUUAGCGCAUUCAUCGUCGGCGUCUCUCUGCACUUCCACAAGAUUGUCCAGAAUGAGUGGUACGGCUACCCGGACGAGUGGUUCCCCUCCGUCUCCGCGACCAUUGGCGACCGAUAUCCCGAGCGGUCCUUCUUCAUGCUCUUCAUCGCAAUCACCUCCGGCCCGCGCUUCGCCCUCGUCGGCCUGUGGUACCUCCUCACUCGCCGUCCGGGCCAGACGCUGCCCAAGUUUACCUUUGCCAUGGGCAUUCUGCGCACCUUCAUGUGCGGCGGCUUCACCUACGUCACUUCCACCGAUGACCACGACUGGCACGACAUUUUCAUGAUCUCCUACAUCGUCGCCUCACUGCCAUGGACCAUUGGCUGUGUCACGCUGAGCCCGCCGAAUCCCAAGGCGAUCAAGUACCGCAAGACGAUUGCUUACUCCUUCUUCGGCACCCUCGUGCCGCUGAUUUACUUCUUCAUCCAGCACAAGGUGCACCGCGUCGCGGGAGCUUAUACGAUCUACGCCUUCUUCGAAUGGGCGCUCAUCCUCUUCGACGUUGCCUUCGACGCCGUGACGGCCCUCGACUUCGACACCUUCGAGGUGGUGAUCAGGGAUGUCAAGGGUUCCAGCAAGGGUGAAAACCGGUCGUCUGUCCCCUCUGCCGUUCUCGAGAAGGAGAAAGAAAAGGCCAGCGCCGGCGUGCUGACUGCGCGCUUUACCUGGACGGAGGCCCUCGAUACCGCUGCCGAUGUCUACCACGGCUUCAUCUUCUGGUCCAUGUUGACCAGUCUGGGUGUUUUGGUGUGGUACUUCCCGCUGUGGCACAUGGGCAUCUCUGGCUACGAGGCCUUUGUCAUGUCCACGAUCCUGCCCGGCAUUUUGGGAAUCCGCUCGGUUCGCUCGCUGGUGAUGAAAAACCAGCGGUUCGUCCACCUGAUUUCCUUGGUUGGUCUGCUGGCCUACCUGGUUUUGGACCCUGCGAAGCGCCUGUUUACCGUUGGUUUCGCCGUGGCAACCUCGUGCCUCGGCUGGGUUGCGACUUGGCACUCUGAGAGAGCGCACCAAGCGCGCCUCGAGUCCAAGAUUCUGGCGUGGACAAUUGGCCUGAUCGCCUCGUCCACUGCCAAGUUCAUGUGGUGGACGAACAACCCCCUCUGGCCCGUCAUGCACGCUGCCAACGGUGGCUGGAAUGCCACUGGCUUUGCGAUUGCUGUGGUUGCGUGUUUGAGGUUUACCCGAAAGGCACCCCUGACCCGCGGCGACUACCCUGAAGACUCCAAGGGCGGUUCUUCCCUGCUCGCUGCUUUUGGUGUUGGUGGUCUGUUCUUCGGUAUCCACUCGCUUCUGUCUGACACCAGCACCAUGAUCCUCUGGGUCUGGGAUGGUUACCCGAUCCGCGGCCCCACAUCCAACACGUACGGCUGGAUGACCAUUAUUGCGAUGACCGCCGGCCUCCUGGUCGGCCUUUACCGACCCGGCUUCAUGAGCUCAUGGACCGCGUACGGUGUUGGCUGCGUUGGUGCGGCCAUCCUCACCUCAUACCACCAUUGGUUCGGAUACUACGGUGCUCUUACCACUGCGUUCUAUCUCAUGGGUCUCAGUGUCCCAUUCCUUUCUAACGCUGCCAAGAGAAGCCCUGGUCUCACAUUUGGCCUGGGUUUCUUCAUCUAUAACUUCAUGGUUCUCUUCCACGUCUGGGUGGUUGCUUAUGCUUUCGUCCCCGGCGGCCCUCUUGUCCGUGAGCACACUGACUGGGUCAUGAUGACCACCUUCAUCCUCAUCGGCGCUGGUGUCUUUGACCUCACCUCGUCGCAGGCCCGCCGCCCCGCCAAGAGCCGCUCCUCCCCCUCCCAACACAAGAAGUACAACACCAUCGCCGCCUUCUUCGUCAACAUUGUGUUCCUCGCCGCGGCAUUCAUGCGCUUCCCAACAAACGACUUCAAGCCGUACCACCCCGAGGACCGCAUUCUCACAGCCGGCAUCUGGACCAUCCACUUUUCUCUCGACAACGACAUGUGGUCCUCUGAAUACCGCAUGCGCGACCUUAUUAAGGAGCUCGAGAUUGACGUUGUCGGUCUGCUCGAGUCGGACCUUCAGCGCAUCAUCAUGGGCAACCGUGAUACCACCCAAUUCCUUGCCGAAGACCUCGGCAUGUACGUCGACUACGGCCCAGGUCCCAACAAGCACACCUGGGGAUCCGCCCUCCUCUCCAAGUUCCCCAUUCUCAAGUCAACCCAUCACCUUCUGCCCAGCCCGGUCGGCGAGCUCGCUCCCGCCAUCUCUGCCACCCUUGAUGUUUACGGCCAGGAGGUCGAUGUCUUCGUGUUCCACUCCGGACAAGAAGAAGACCCUGAGGAUCGCCGUCUCCAAACCGAGUACCUCUCCAAGCUCAUGGGCGAGUCAACGAACCCGUCCAUCCUGCUCUCUUACCUUGUCACCAAGCCUCUCCAGGGCAACUACAACACCUACGUCAGCCCGCUCUCCGGCAUGCACGACGUCGAUCCCACGGAUUGGGACAGAUGGUGCGAGUACAUCCUCUACAAGGGCCUCAAGCGUACCGGCUAUGCCCGCGUUAGCCGCAGUACCAUCACCGACACGGAGCUGCAGGUCGCCAAGUUCGUCAUCCCCAAGUCCAAGGACGAGGUCGCGCAGAUCGAGGCGCAGAGUGACGAGACGAGGAAUAGACGCGUCAGCGAGCACAGCGUGCCCCAGGGAUGGAAGUUCCCGGACAUGUUCAAGGGACAGGGCGUCAGGGAUCACAGGUACCACGUCUUUAACGAGCCGAGGUACUAUGACAACUAA